CGCCGAUGGAGACAUUCCGGUAGCUGUCUUAAUAAGCGAUGCCUCUUUCACGUGACCUAGACUACACCGGCUUUGCGGCACCAUGUGAACUUGAACUACUUUACGACAAGGAACGGAAUAAGUACCACAUGCUGUUUGACGAGCGUCUACUAGGCGCCAACGCAACACUCGAGACACGCGAUGCUUGGGCGAACGAGACGUGGCCGCAGAUCAAGCUCAUAUGGGCAUGGAUGAUACUCUUGCACUUUGCUGCGCUCCUACCCCUCGACCCGGUCGUCUUACAUUGGCUGUCUGUUCUACUCAGACGAGUCUCGGACACGGCGACGCCAGUUGUGAGCCUACCGGAGUAUUACCAGCUCUGAUCGUGCUCGCGAGUGUGGGAUGAAGACACAUCUGCGGAAAAGUGCGCUCAAUCGUGCAUGACAUCAGCAUUGCAUCGACGACAUCGCGAAGAUGCUAAUAAUGAUAGAGAUCGAAGGCUCUCCGAUGACCGAGGACAAUACUAGCU